GUUCUGGGUUCAGGGUUUAGGGUUUAUAGAGCUCGCGAAUGCAGGCUGCUGGGUUGGAUCGUGGGCUGGAACCAGCACUAGUGGGCGACGACUUUGGCUUCUUCUCGGGCGAGUGUGAAGUGGCAGCGGCAUUUCACAACCCGUUUGUAGCGGCAGCAGUUGCGCACCGGGAUGCUGUUGCUGCUGCAGCUGCUCCUGGUGCUACAUUCACUACCGUCUUGGCGGCCGCCAAGAGGAUAAGGCUGGGUGAGAGGUGCAGGGGGAGCGGCCUCGAGGAGGAGGAUAGCGCGCCUGAGAAAACGGCUCGGGUCCCUGAACCGGUUCCCUCGAAUGAUGACGAUUGGGACAAGGAGCUAGCGCCGGAAGAUCUCGAAGAGUUUGUACUCUCGGCUUUGUCACCAGAGGCGCUCGACAACGGGAAGCCUGACAUCGAAAAUGGUAUUGGUGCCAAAGGCGAUGGAGGAGUUGUUUCGGCAAAGCCAGGCCUGGACAGGGGGCAGCAAAGUCACAGCCAUAGCCAAACUGGCGUCAGCAGCUCUGAGAGGAUAAAAGGGAAGGCAGCAGCAGUAGAACCCGAGCUUUCCGCAGAUGCUCUGGUUCUUCAGGAGCUGGAGACGGUUGUCUCGAAGCUCGAAAGCCGGAGCAGACUUUGCUUGAGGGACGCGUUCUACAGGCUCGCAGACAAUGCCACGCGAAGGACCGGAGUUCAAGCCGACGCAGCGGAACUCCAGCGCUUGUCGUGGCGCACAGCAUCCUUGUCCCUGAGACAGGAGCUGUCAACUAAUACGAUUGAUCGAUCCGUCGCGAGCAUGCUCUUCUGCAAGGAAUCUCCCCCUCCACCUCUCCCGCUCCCGGCUCCCUCCUCGCCGCCGCCUCUUCCUCCACUUCCUCCGCGGCCGCGUUCUUCUCCUGGUCAUCCUCCUCGUCCCAAAUCAUCAGCUUCUUCGAGCAGUAGCAUUCCAAAGAAGCAACACCAACACCAUCAAGCUCCGCUGGGCAACAACACCAACAAGAAGUUGUCGCUGGCCCCAGCUCACAAGCAUCGUUGUGCUGGAUCGACCAGCGUGCUACGAACAGCCACGACAUUGCGAGCGACGCCGGCGGCGAUCCCAGGAGCUGCCAGGAACACCAAGAGUUUGAUACUACUCCCGCCAUCAGCGGCCACCAAGCGAAGAUCGCCAAAUGCCACUACUACUUUUACUAGUACUAGUACUACUACGACGACUAACAAACGAGGCAAGCUCUGAGGGUGGCGAAGAAAAAAAUAAAACUGCAGACCGAAUUUGGGUCGCUUGACUUUGUCAAGUAAAGAUGUUUAUCGAGAAUAUUCUAAA